AUGUGCACGUCGUCACCUUCAUCCCUUCGCUUUACAUUGUCUCGUCUGACACCACAACUGACAACUGUUUACGCUCUCACCACUCCACGCUCUAACAACAGUGAUGAUUGCAGACCACGACACACCAUUCGCUCCUGCGUAUGCACACACACAAUCGGCGAAACACCUCUCCCAUCCCUCCUUCUGCAAGCCGCCAUCAUCUGUUGUGAGGUGUGCCCGCAUUUGGCAUCGCCUCAAUUUCAUCUCCUCCUACAGUUGGGUACAGGCUACCGUCUUUCCGACAUCUCUCCAACAUCCGCCUUCCUUCCACGUCAAGGAGGGUGGCACAACUCAAAUGCUUCAUGGGAUGAUGAGAGCAGCAGCAGCAGCAACAACAACAACAACACGGCAGGUUACUUGCAACUACUUCGGCAAAUGAAAGGCCUCUUCACUCGUCGUCAUCGCAACCCAAUUCCUCAUUCACGCAUUGAAACACCUCAUUUUCACUCCUCCCAACAGCACAGCUCAUCAAAGGCAACGGUUUCGCCAUGA